AGCGCAAGCUGGUGCAGAGCCUCCUCCUCUUUCUACCCAUGGCCGAGCAGACGCGCGGAUAGCAUAUACUGCAUAAGGUGCAAUCACAGCGGUGUCAAGGUUGGCUUGACGAGUGCACUCGGCCGGAGUUUGCUUGUAACCCAUCCUUGACAUCGGUCAGUAUCGUGAAUAUGACGACCCCUCACGGCGACCGGAUCCUCUCGGCCUGAGCAAGAGUAUAAUAACAGGUAAUGUUCCUCGACUAACCCCAUCGUCCCCAUUCUACAGCGUUCAACACCUAUCCACAUACACUCUACCUACCUCCGAUUCUUCUCAAGCCAUCGUCAAAUUCACCAAACAUCCCGCAUUUCUGUCACCGCUUUAUUCAGAUGCAUCCCUACCAUUGGUAUCACCGUGGUCCUUCCCGUCUCUUGUGGUUCAUCAUUGGUGCUGGUACAGCCAGUUGGUGGAUUAAAUCCAAAGAUGCCCAUAACUUCAAAGUGAGGCAUUGCUCACGGCACCAGAUUCCACCAGAGUCCUACCAGGCUCCUGCUCCUGUUCCGCCGCCUUCCCCUGCAGACUCUGCUACUCCUCAGCCGUCUGCUAGUGUUCCUGCUCCAGGCGGAUACCAAGCUCAAACCCAAGCGCCUCCGAGGCAGCAACAAAACGCUCCAUCGGACUGGGGUUGGGGAUGGAACUCGUCUUGGUCACCGAUACCCCCUUCAUCGCCAUCAUCGCCGCCGCCGCCGCCGCCUUUUGAGAGAUGGGAUGAGGAGAAAGUGCGAAUGCAGGAGCUAGGCCGACAAGCUAAUGAGAAGUUUACCGAAAUAUCUGAAGCAACGCUUGAUACUGUCCUCUCGACAGUCGAAACCCUGAAAGCCAAACUGGCCGAACAUCGUGCUCAGCGUGAGCAACAGGCGAGGGAACUUCAGGCUAUGCGCGAAGAGCAGAUGAGGCAAUACGAGGAGUGGAAGAAGUCUCAGCCGCCGCGACACAUUGUCUAAGCCUCCUACUCUCUGAAUCCCACUUCAGCCUUUACCAUCUCGCUUUCAUGCGUACCUUUACCUCCACUCUGUAUUGACUCUCGGAUCGUUGUACUUGUUCCCCUCCUCUCCUUUCGUCUUGUUUUUCCCCUUCUCAUUUUUUAUUGGGCGUUCCUUCCCUCCAUUCUUAUUCCUAUCCAUAAUUUGUACUUACCGGAUGUAUCAUCCCUACUCAUAGCUCGCCUCCGAUCCGCAUCAGUCUUUGUGUGUUUGCACUACAGUCUACAGACAUUGUUGUUGGCCACCCUAAUCAAGGAAUACGAAAUACAGAACAUCUGAUAUCAU